AUGUACAAGUCGAAGCUUCAGGAGCUUUGCCAUCAGAAGGGGUGGGAAUUGCCCCAGUACUCCGUCAUCAAAGACGGCCCCGAUCACAACCCUAGCUUCACCGCCACCGUCACCGUCGGCGACCUCCGGUUUCAUACACCGUCACACGCAUAUCCAACACAUACAUCUAAAUUAUCUCUCCGUUUGGUUUAUAGAAUUCUUGCUGCAAAAGGAAUUGUUCGAUGUGAUGCAAUUACAAAGUUGGAUAAUAAUACCAACUUACCGAGUGAAACUUCUGUGGGAGUCCAAGAUGAUGUGGAGUGUAAAGUUACACGGCACGGGUACAAAAGUCGGCUGCACAAUUAUGCUCAGAUGAGGAACCUCAAACUGCCCAAGUAUUCAUAUGAACGUAAAGGCCCCGAUCAUGCUAGUCGAUUCAAGUCAAAGGUUACAAUUGAAGGGAAGACUUAUGAGAGUCCCGAAUUUUUCACCUCGAAAAAAGAAGCAGAGCAGUCAGCUGCGCAAGUUGCCUGCAAGUCAUUAUCACUUAAUGUAGUUCAGGAUGGUUCUGGUGUCUACAAGAAUCGUUUACAAGAAUUGGCUCAAAAAAUAGGUAUUGAGAUGCCAAAGUAUGAGACAGCUGUUUCUGGUCUGCAACACUCGCCAACUUUUGUCUCUUCUGUGGAUGUUGAGGGAAAAUCCUUGACAGGAGCAGCAGCAAAAAACAAGAAGCAGGCAGAGAUGAAUGCUGCAGAAGUUGCUUAUGUUUGUCUUUGUGAAUGUAAGAAACUUAUCUCCUUGUUUCUAUAUACUAGUUUUCUGUGA